CACAUCGAGUAGGAAAAAAAAAUCCCCAUUAUUAUCUAUCUUCUUCCUCCAUCUUCUCAAAAUCCUCCAUCACACAACGGCUUCCAUGGAGCAGCUGCGAGGCGUCUGGGUCUAGGACACGGCCGCUCGAUGCUGACCAAGCGAGGCGACGAUGGCGUGGAGGCGGCUGGCCAGCGGCACGGCGGCGACGCAUCUCCGGCGGGGCGUCUCCUCCCCGCCAUUCGCUGCCCCCUCCCGCGCCUUCUCCGCCGCCAACCCUACCCUUCUCGGCAGGAAAGCGCUGCAGGGCAUUCGGUCGCGGUGUUCGAGAUCGGCCCCCGCGUUUCAAGCUGGCGCCCCCGGGUUGGGAGCUCUGCUGGCGACCAGGGUGUCUUCCGGAGCUCGUCCGAAGCUGCCAGGUCUCCUGAAGGCAUUUGGGACAGGCGGCUCCGCCAUUGCUAUGAUGCUUUAUCCAAGAGAGGUUGCUCAGGCAGCAGUCGGCGCUGCAUCGGCACAAUUGGUGCGGAGCGGCCGGACCUCCUCAAAUCCAGUUCAUGGAGCGUCGGUGUAAAUGGCGCAGAAACCAUGGGUCCAAGUCAAGUGGUGUCUUUAUUGACCUGUAUCGACUGCAUGGCGCAUCUGUUCUGUGAACACAGUCUGUUUUUAUGUAUGUGAUGAUGGAACUGCUGAUUUUUGAUGCGAGUGCACAUAGUGUAGGUAAAGAUUAAGGAGCAGACAAUCAGAAGAACAAGAGGAUGCAAAGGAAGAUGUCCCGCAGUGUGUCGUUUCAUCGCGUUGAAGAGGAUAAGAAGAUUACCGGAGCCACGUUGUUCGGCAACACGACCGUGUAGAUCUGUGUAUGAGUGUGACCUAGGUUGUCCGCAGAAGCAGGCCGGAGUUGUGUUUUUUGGUGGUUUCAUCGUUUGUGCUUUGUUUAAAUAGCAGGCGUUUCCUUUGUUCGACUCUGUAUUCUGACAGGUAUUCUGUAACCGAGUAGGAAAUUGAGUCGGAAGAUUUGUAGGAAACUGAGUCGUAGAAACUUUGUAGGAAACUGAGUCGUAUUUUUUUUUUCUAUCUAACAGGUAUUUUGUAACCAAGUAGUAAAUUGAGUCGGAAGCUUUUUUUGUUGGUUCGUUGUUUA